CAAGAGCAUUAUCUAGAAAUAAAUUAUGGAAUCAUUUAUUAAUUCAUUUCAGAGAACGAGGAUGUCUUGUUGAUGGACCAUUAGAAAACUUACAAUUGUCAAUGGUUACAUUAAAUACUAAAACCAGAGGUAAUUUACCGGGAGAAAAACAAAUGUAUAAAAAUAAAUUUGGAUUGAAUUCAACUGAUUUCUCCGGAUCAUCUACCAAUUUUGAUACUGAAAGUAUCCUCUCUUAUGCCGAUAGUCGAAUUAGCAACAAUGGUAAUUGGCCAACUUUAGAAGAGGCACAAUCGCAACAAGUAUUUAAUUCCGAAGUGAAUUUAAAUGCAAAUUUUGCAUCCAGAUUAAAUGAUAUUAAUCAACACUACGAUAAAAAUACCAACCACCAAAUGGAAGAUGAUAUUAAGAGUAUAACUAGUUCUUUUGCAGCAGGCCUAAACCUAAAUUAAGU